AUGGAUUAUUCCAUGUUCUUUGGCGUCGACGACGGUGAUAAUGAUGACAACGAUGGGAAAGAUACAAGAGGGCUUGAUGUGCUUGAAAGCCUCAGCGUCCUAUCACAGGAGGCGCAGAUCCAGAUUGGGGCCUUCUUCGCUAAGCACCCCGUGACGCUGGAGAUGUGCCAUCAGCACGUGGUCGCCGUGCUGAAGAAGAAAGUGGUGAUCCGGUCGGCCGACAUCCAAUUAAGCGACGGCUGCUACACUUGUCACGUGGACAACACCGACGAGGACCCGGAAGACAGCAUGUUGGCGAGGCGCGCGAUCUCGACCUGA